AUGUUCCAGGUUUUCAUGCUUCAACAACAAGAACGGGACGAGUUAUGGAGAAAAGAAGCGGGUAAACAAGAACAGAGAUGGCGUUCAUUACAGCACCAGUUCACGCUUCUACAGCAGAUGACUCGCGCCGAGAGCCAUUCAGCCGACGAAGGAGGAGCAGCAGCAGCAGUACCUGGCAACUCUACACAGAUACUCCGACACAGCGGAGCUGCGGCAAGCGGGAGAGAAGGAGUACAAGCUUCGAACCAAGACAGCUUCCAGCUCUUGAAGGCAAGGCCAGAGAAGCAUAUAUCUCCAUGGACACUGGACAUCAGCAGCUACGCCAAGGUAAAAGAAGCAAUACUCCAAAAGUUUGAAAUAAAUAAGGACACAUACAGGCAGCAAUUCAGACAUGCCCACAUCAAACCCAAAGAGACUCCAAGAGAGCUACACUGCAGGCUGAAAGGACUGUAUGAGAAGUGGAUCAGACCGAAGGAGAAAUCCAAAGAUGAAAUCGGCGAUGCCAUCGUUCUGGAACAGUUCCUGAGUGUGUUGAACCCGGAGUUGAGACGCUGGAUUAUAGAACGCAGUCCUGAGUCAACAGCCAGAGCCGUGGAGUUGGCGGAGGCGUUCAUUACAGCGCGACGGUCGGAUGAAGACUUCAACUUCAGCAAGGGCAGAAGCAACCAGCCAGCAGAGAAGCCAGGUAAGUCUGAUGGUGAUUUUGGUAAAUGUCUUAAUGCCUAUACCAAAAAUAGCAACGUAGAAGGUCGCUGGCAGAAAGCUAAAGCUAAAACGGGCUAUGGUAGCGGAUACAGCUAUAGCAAUAGCAGAGUGCAGCAGCCUAAUACUACGGUUAAAUGCUAUAAUUGUGGCCAACAGGGCCAUAAGAGCAGGGAGUGUCCAGCAGUAGAUCGCAGUGCUAGUAAACUGUGUUAUGUACCUAAACCGGACAGGAAAGGUGAAGUUGCACCAAACAUGGACACAGUUAUUACCAUCAUAAUCGGUAAACGAACCCAUAAAGCUUUAAUAGACACAGGAGCCAGUCAAACCCUGAUCACCAAACAAAGCUUACCAGGACCCCAAAUAUUUCACGACAGCAAGUUAAGAGUUAAAUGCGUACAUGGGGACGAGAGAACUUACCCUACUACUAACGUGAAAAUUGAGAUAAAGGGACAGGCCUAUAUGCUCAAGGUGGGGGUAGUAGAUAGACUGCCUUACGACGUAAUCCUGGGUAGAGAUGUUCCAAUUUUAUUAGAUCUGCUUAGUGAAAAUAGUGUCACGGCUAGUGUAUAUGCGGUCACUAGACAGCAGACUAAGUUGAGUGAAAGUGCUGAGAACAAGCAAAGGGCAGAACAGCUGCCAUUCUCUACAGCAUGUCGUGUACGUAAGAGCAAAAGAGAAAAGCGGCAGGCCAAGGUCAGAGGUACUAGGGUGGAGGAGCAACUGUCUGUACCGAGCUUGGAGGAUCCAAAAUUCCCAGCUGAUAUAGGUAGCUUACAGAAGGCAGAUGAAACCCUUAAAAUACUCUUUAAUAGGGCUCUUUAA